CUGGCUGAGAAACGUUGUCCCGAGAGCUCGUCCGGCGGGAGUUAGUUGAGGCUUAGAGGCUGGGUGGGGGUGCGUCGGGCGCAUGGCGUUGCCAGGUGGAAAUAAAGAUAAUAUCAGGGCAGGGUGCAAGAAAUGUGGCUAUCCGGGUCAUCUGACAUUUGAAUGCCGAAACUUUCUCCGUGUGGAUCCCAAAAGAGACAUUGUUUUAGAUGUGAGUAGCACAAGCAGUGAAGAGAGUGAGGAAGAAGAGCUGGGGAAACUUCAUGUCAUUCCAGAAAAGCAGUGUAUUCCUGAUGAAGAAGAAAAGAAAAAGAUCCAAAAGAAGAGCAAGGAAAAAUCGAAAUUAAAGAAGGCAAGAAAAAGAUCUCAUUCUUCAAGCACCACAGAAGAUGAUGAACCUAAAUCAAAAAAGCAGAAAUCCCAGAAAAAAGAAAAGAAGAUGAAAAAGAAUAAAUCCAAGAAAAGAAAACGUCAUCACAAAAAGGGGGAGAAAAAACACAAAAGAGGGAAAGAUUCUUCAUCUUCUGAUAGUUCAGAUUCUUCUAGCAAUGAUUGAAAAACAAGGGUUAGGUUGAUUUACAUCAAUCCUAGUUCAAAUUAUAAUGCUGCAAGAUGUGUACUCAAUAUUUAUUUUAAAAAUGUCUUCUUUGUAUUUAACUUUGGGGGGGGGAAUUUAGAUUUACAUUCUCCUUUGUGUUACAACUUUUAUUUGUACGUCCUGUUUGGAAGGAAAUAAGUGUUCUCAGAUUUUAAUCUCUCAAACAAUUAUAAAUUAUUCAGUUAUUCAUGAACAAAACCCAGUAAUCUUAGACGUACAGUCCUGUAAUCCUACAGUCCUUCUGCUAUUCAACAGGCAAACACAAGAGGCUGUUGAUCUGCAGGUUCCAGAUCCUAUUUAUCUCCAUUAUCUGUCCCAGAAUGAGAAGAAAAAACCUGCCCAAUCCUGUAGCAGACAUGUAUCUCCCUUAAUUGGGAACAUUAAGAAUGGAACUCUUCUUAAAGACUCAUAACAAAGAAGAGAUGCCCCACUUGCAUCAUCUUCCCUCCCAGUAGAAACCCAGUGGGGCAUAGGAACAAGUAAUUUUUCUUCUUUCAGUUCUUCCUUCUGUCCCAUGGAACUGUUUUGUCAUUUUGUUCUGUUGUUAAGGUAUACAUUCUUUUACAAGUUUUUAGUAAAACAAGAUGGGGGUGAAUAUCUUAGAAAACUUUAAAACAAACAAUCAUUGCUAGGUAUAAACUGAUGAUUCCAGAACUAAUCACUCUUGGAAGUGUGCAUGCAAGUAUGCAGCAUGGAAUGUAAAGGAGUGUGAAAAUGUUGAAAGGUUGUUUUAGCAUAUUAAAGGUGCACAGACAAGUUGGUAGAUGUAUCUCUGGAUCAGGAUGUAAGUUUGUUAGGAGUGUAAAUAUUGAGAAUUAAAUGAGCAAAGUAGACAUAGAUUUUUAAGCACCUAGUGAUUUUUUUCAAGUAGAAAACCAUGCUCUUUGAACACUUUAACUAAAGAUGAAAACUAUUUUUAUGCUGUUUUUUUAUUUCCAUGUUGUUUCUUGCCAUUUAUUUGUAUAGAUGAUGAGAAAAUAGUAUAUACUUUUUGUUGGACCAAAGAAGUAAGCCUGGUUGAAUUUGUAAGCUAAAUGAUUGUUUUAUUGUGCUUAGUUGACUGAAAAAUAAAAAUAUAAGAACUCUGUUUUAGCA